CAGUUCCUGAAGAAAUCGUGCAAGAUCCUUAUGCAUUGCUGCUUUAUGAGAAAGCUUUGCAAGCCGGUAAAGAAAAGGAUAAAUCCAUUCGGGUAAACAUAGUCGGUAACUUCAGACAAGGUAAAACAACAUUAAUGAGAAGGUUGUUGGGGCAAGAAGUCGGAGGCAUUACAAGUACAAAUGGAAUAGUUGUAGAACAUUAUAGAUGCGAGGAAACCAAAGAUGGGAAAUUACGAUACACUAAAGCAGACGACAUUGAUAAUUCGGAAUAUAUCAAACGCUUGGUUUCUGUUGCUAUAAGUAAAGAGACUGAAAGUAAAGAACAGCAAACACAGUCUGUGACAAAACCAAACGCUUCACAGGAACAGAAACCAAAGGUAGGUGAAGAUUCACCUAGUCAUAACGAAGUUCGAGAUACACAUGAAAACUUUCCAGAAACAAAAAGCGUUUCAUCAACAGAAAACGAAACAAGUGAUGAUAUUUCGAAUAAAGUGUCUCUUUUAUCUCCCGAGGAAAAGGAGGCGUUUAUAAAAGCUCUGAGGACAAACCAGUCAUCUUCAGAACCGGAAAGACGGACAAUGUUUGAUAUUUGGGAUUUUGGCGGGCAGUACAUUUUCUAUGCAACUCAUACAAUCUUUCAUAGCAGAAGGGCAAUUUAUCUAUUGGUCUUUGACUUGACUUUAGAUCUGAAUCAAUGUAUCACUGAUGAACAGUUUCCAGUAGAGAUGGAUGCUAUGAACAUGAAAUAUUUUAUCCAGUUUUGGAUGAGUUCUAUCCAUUCGUUCGUCGGAUCAGCAGACGGCUUUGUGCCAAAGGUUAUCCUAGUGGGGACCCACAAAGAUAAGUUGAAGGGAAAGAGAUACGAAAAAGAAAAGCAUAUCCAAAAGUACUUUGCAAAUAUUAGAAAUUUGUUCGAUGGAACAAAUAUGUCUCAUCAUAUUCAUUUUGACGACUUCGCAGUAGAUAACACUGUCGCAAAGGACCCAUCACUGAACUCAUUACGUGAAACGAUUAUUAGAAUUGGAGAUGAACAAUCAGAAACAUUUGCAAUACCGCUUAAGUGGAUUCAGCUAGAAAAGUCACUGUUGGAAAGAAAACACCUCAAGCUUAUUUCUCUUAAGUUUGUUUUAGCAAUUGAUUCAGAGAAUGAAUUUCCAUUGAAUGAUAUAGAACAGGUGAAACUGCUCUUACGCUACCAUCAUGCAAAAGGCACAUUUGUUUAUUUUGAUGAAGCACCGAUAUCGGAGUAUGUUGUGCUUGAUCCUCAGUAUCUCAUAGAUGCAUUCAAGUGUAUCGUCACAAGCGAAAGAUUCUGCAUAAAUGAUCCUGACAUUCGCCCUUUCUGGAAUAUGUUACUGACAGACGGAAGACUGGAGAAACAUUUAAUUGACCGCCAGUGGGGAAAACCAGAAGACAAGUUCGAAAUGUAUAAACAAAAUACAGAAAUCUUGCUUUCAUUUCUGACUAAACAUCACAUUAUAUCAGAAGCAGCAGUAUUUGAUGAAAACACACAACGGUCAACAGGACUUGGGUGGUUUGUAGUUCCAAGUCUGUUAAGAGAGCACUCUUCGAUAAUCGAGUUAAAGGAAUUUCUAUCUGGAAAGAAAUGCACAAAACUCCGUUAUGUGUUAUUGUUCCAAACGUCUUCAAUAGUGGCAACAAUCUACCAUCGUUUAGUAUCAGCGACAAUAGGAAAGUGGCCGAUAGCGAAAGCUGGCAAG